AUGUUUUUUCGUGUACCUUCUACCAUACGGGUUGCCCAUCAUCAUCGGGUUACCAAACUGGGGUGGUGGCACAAACCCUUGCGGCGGAUAAAACGUAGGGUCGCCAUAAAAUACCGGCAUCUGUGGCGGAAACAUCAUCGCAAACUGCUGUUGCUGCUGCUGCUGCAUCAUGGCCGCCGCCUGUGGCGACAUCGGGAACUUGUUCGCAUAUAUAGGCGGGGCCACCGGAGCAACUAUUGGCCGCGCCGUAAACAACUUAUCGUGAGCAACAUCAACGGUAGAUUCCCAUGUAGGCGGGGUCUGGAACGACUUUUCGUACUCCUUGUGCUUUCUUCUGGUCGUGACAAACAUAUUAAACCCACACUUAAACUCCUUAAUUUUGGUGGUCUGUCCAUCUUUGGUUGGCACUUUGUUCACCCCAAAAAAGUCUGCUGCCGAUAUCUGAUAGUGCUUCUUGACAUUCCCAUUCGAAUAUGGUCGGGGCGACUUCUUGGGCGACGAUAUGGUGGCGUGUUUCGACGAUGGCGUAAACACUGCAGCUUUCGGGUUCAACUUGUACGUCUUCGGCUCUUUCUUGGUGUGGUCUUGUUGUUUCUUUAA